CAACUGAACAAAAUAACCUCAAUACUCAAUAUAAAUUGAGUAUUGUCUCUCAUUCAAAUCCUUUGGCUCCCUCAUGUGUCAAAGAACUUAUCCCUGCAAUGUAACAAUACAUACAUAUAUUGACAUGACCAAUUAAAUAAACAAACAGGAGAUCAAUACUGAUCUUGUCGCGCUUGGUAUUGAUAUUCUGGCUGUUUGAUUCGCCCACCCCUACUGGCGAUGGUCCUUGCCUCAAUAUCGUGCAUCUCUCGCUACGCCGCUGCGUGCGGAUGCUGAAAACCUGCACUGCUACCAAUUAGGAACCAGACUACGACAUCUAUCGUUUGUUUUACUCCACCACAUGUUACGGCCCCAACAAAACAACAGCGAAUGUGGCCAUGAUAAGCAACCUCUGCGCGUCACGUAACGUACACUACCUCAAAGACUUAUUUAUGAAACGCUUAGGUACGUGACGAAUAGAGACGAAUCUGCUUUUGACAUCAGAAAGUUAUUUUCCCUUAACUGCUGUGGUCGCCAUUUUGACUAUGGAUUCCUCAAGUCUGUUGUAUGCGUUAAAUGUAAUUUACACUUAAAAUAAUAACUUUGUUAUAGAAUAUAGUCUUUAUGUUACCCGCCUUUGAGCAGUCAUGAGUGGGCCGGAGAUCCUUGCCGAACUCCACGAUGAACAUUUUGACUUCUCUGAUAAAGAGAUCAGGGAUUAUGCAAAGGACAUAGACAUUAAUCCAGAGACGGAGGUACAUCUUAUGUGGCUUGCCAAAUCAGGCAUUGUUGCCCAAUUGCCUCAAGGAUGGUUGGAGCGUGAAGAUGAGAGCGGGAAAAUUUACUACCACAACUGCCAGUUGAACAAGUCCAUUUGGGAACAUCCUUGCAAAGUGAAAUACAGGCAGCUGGUGGUUAAGGCGCGUGAGCGUUUCCAGCACACUGCUGUUGAUGUGGCCUCAGCAGUGAAGAACAAGAAGAAAGUAAAGGAGAAAGAGGAGGAAAGGAAAAGAGCAGACGACAUAUUGAAAAUACAGGGAACCCAAUCUUGUGCGUCGUCUCAUCUCGUGACACCCCUAAUGCUGAAGGACUCCAAAAGCAGUGAUCCAGAUCCAGACGACGACUACCAAGACAUUACCAAAGCCGGUUCUGGAGACCAUGGUAUCGAAUCACCCAGACAAGAGCUGUCAGGAGAGUUUGAUGUUCUCGAGACAGUCGUUGAAGGGGAGCAUGGUUUGGUGAAGACUAAGAAGAUUAAAGUACCUCAAAGGUUUGCGGUUCUCUUUGUUGUACAUGGCAACCAACUAAUGAUCAGUUCUUCAAAGCCAGAUGAAAGUGAUUGUUUGUUUGAAAUCGAUUCACAGACAAAAUUAGCGUUGUUUUUGUUAGUUAUCUUCUAUCUACAGCAGCUAUUAAUAGUCCACAGAUCCUUGAGGAGCACCCUGAUGAAGAAUUUCAAGUAUCUGAAGAAGACAUCAAGGAAUAUGCGCUGGACAUGGGUAUUGAUCCAGAGACAGAGCCGGAUCUUAUGUGGCUUGCCAAGGAGGCCAUGUUUGCCCGACUGCCUGCAGAUUGGACUGCUUUGUCUAUCCACUUGGGAGCAUCCUUGCGAUGUGAAGUACCGUCGAUUGGUGGCUAGGGAGCGUGAGCGCAUCCAACAGAAUGCUCGCUCGGCCUCACAAGGCAAACAGAACAUAGGAGAAGAGGGGGCUGUUAAAACAACUGACGAGUGCAUCGGUGUUGAUGCAGUAGAGAUGAUUGAGCCAGAAAUGCACAACAAAGCCCAUUCUGAGAGCAGCAACAGUACUGAAGCAUCACAGCAUCAGCAAUUGGCAGAGUUUCUGGUUUCUGACCACUGCACAUACCAUGACAGUCGGCUAGAGAGUGACAUCAAGGAAAAGGGGGAACAGCAGACUGCCGAGAGCCGACGUGGAUCUGCAGCAAACACGGGUGGCCUACAGAUCCCGGAGGAGCACCAUGAUCCAGAACUUUAUCUUUCUGAAGAAGAAAUUAGGCAGUAUGCACAUGACAUAGGCAUUGAUCCAGAGAGAGAGCCGCAGCUUAUGUGGCUUGCCAAGGAGGCCAUUGUUGCCGAAGUGCCUCAAGGAUGGUUGGAGCGAGAAGAUGAAAGUGGGAAUAUUUACUAUCACAACUGCCAGAAGGACACAUCCAUUUCAGAACAUCCCAGCAAGGCACGCUACUGUGAGCUGGUGGUUCAGCAGCGUGAGCGUUUCCAGUGCUCAUCUCUUAAGAGGGCCUCUGUGGUGAAGAUGAACAAGAAGAAGCUAAAAGCGAAACGGGAGGAAAAGAAAAAGAUGAAGGACCUAUUCAGAUCACAGGAAAAUCAGCAUCUACGCAGUGCUCACGUGGAUCCAACAGAAGAGAUUACAAAGGCCAGUUCUGAGGUCAAUGCUACUGAAUACCAACAGCAAAAGGUGCCAGGAGGACUGCUGGAUGCUGGUGAUUUUAAAGGAAUGGAAAUUAAAGUGACGGCAGAAGAGGGGCGAUCAGAGAAGGCUGGGAUUGCUGUGAGACUCUGCUUAGACAAAGAUGGUACCCAACUGUCCAAAAGUCCUCUCACCAUCUCCCACCACGUGGAACGAGGAAAUCAAGCAGCUCUUGAGCUACAAACAACUGAAACAUCUGGAUGUCAAUGUGAUGUUACUUCCAAAUCCCAAAUCAAACAUCCAGAACCACCUGUAGAAGAGUUUAAGAGCACAUUGGAGGAAAACCCAAACUGUGAAAUCAGGCCGGAAGAGUCAGUACAAAACAGUCAGUAUGGUCCUGAAAAAGGGGAGAGCAUUCUGAGACAGAGAAAUGUAGAGAUCGAGAAAAGGAGUGAGGAAUUAGAUUGUGAUUGGAAGGAGGAUACAGCACAGUUAAUGAGAGGGAAGGAGAUAAAAAUGAAUUUUGGGGACAGUGAGGUGACGAGAGAGGAAAGGGAGCAAGUUGGGCAGGACUUGUGUCACCACCAGGGGGACAUGAGGAAUGAAGAGAAGGGAGGACUACUACACGAGGAACGACUGGGGGGAGACGAAGAGGAAAACGUCAGCCUGAAUAAGGAAAUAGGAAUACACCGCUGUCAAGAUGAGCUGAGGAGGGAAGAGGAGGGAGAGGAGAUCUUGACAAUCGAGGAGACUAGACAGAGACACUACCUCGAAGAACUAAAAAGAGAGGAAGAGGUGGAGGCAGAGCACUUCAUGAGGGAAAAGGAAAGAAUACACUUCUAUCAGAUGGAGCUGAGGAGGGAAGAAGAGGAGGAUGCCGAGAGGUUGAAAAGGGAAAGAGAGGCGAGAACCUGUCUCAGACUAAAAGAGCUGAGGAAGGAGGAAGAGGUGGAGGUGAAGCGUUUAAAGAAGGAGAUGAAAAUGAGAAUACGUCUCUGUAUGGAGGAGUUGAGUUCGGAGGAACAAAAAUGGGUGGAACAAUUAAAAAAGGAAAAGGACAACAGAACACAAUUAUGCCACGAGGAGAUGAUGAGAGAGGAGCAGGAGGAGGCAGAGCAGUUGAAGAAGGAGAAGCAGCUGAGAACACAGGCCUACCAGGAGGAACUGAGCAAAGAGGAGGAGGAGAAGACUGAGCAGUUGAAGAGGGACAAGGAGUUAAGAAUGUGCCUCCUCUUGGAAAAGCUGCGAGGAGAGGAAGAGAAGGAAGUAGAACAGUUGAUGAGAGAGAAGGAUCUGCGCUUGGAAGAGAGGAAGAGAGAGGAGGACGAGGAGGCAGAGAGGUUCAAACAGGACGCGGAGACCAGAAUGCGCCUUCGCCAGAAAGAGAUGACAGAAGAGCAAAAGGAGGCAAUAGAGCGGUUGAAGAGUGACAAGGAAAAUCAAAUCAAUCUCCGACGGGAGGAGCUCAAGAGAGAGGAAAAGGAAGAGUUGGAGCAGUUGAAGGCAGAGAAAGAGGAAAGAAUGCGUCAACGCUGGGAACAGCUGAGGAGAGAGGAAGAGGAGGUGUUAAAGCGGGAGGAGACGAGUGCAAAAACAGAGACUGAGAAGAGAAUGCACCUCUACAAGCAGCAGCUGAGUAAAGAGGAAGAGGAGGAGGCAGGGCAGUUGAAAGUGGAGAAAGAGAAGAGAGUGCAUGUCUACCGGGAGGAGCUGACAAGACAGGAGGAGGAAGAGUUGGAGCAGUUGACAGCAGAGAAAGAGGCACGGAUGUGUCAGCGCCUGGAACAGCUGAGGAGCGAGAACGAGGAGAGGGCUGAGGUGUUACAGCAGGAGGACACAAGCACAAAAACAGAGGCUGAGAACAAAACACACCUCCACCAAGAGCAGUUUAGUAAAGAGGAAGCAGAGCGGUCGGAGAUUGCCAGAGAGAUGAGAAUGCGUUUCCACCUGGAGGAGCUGAGCAAAGAGGAGGAGGAGGAGAUGGCCAGGCUGAAACAGGAAAAGGAGACUAGAAUACAUCAGUUCCGAGAGGACCUCAUUGUAAAAGAAGACGAAGACAUGAAGCAGUGGAAGACUGAAAAGGAAGCAAGAAUUCACCGUUUCCAAGAAGAGCUGAGGCGGGAAGAAGAGGAGGAGAUGGAGAGGCUGAAACAGGAGAAGGAGACUAGAAUACAUCACCACCACGAGGAGCUAAUUCGAGAGGAGGACAAAGACGUGAAGCAGUGGAAGAGUGAGAAGGAAGAGAGAAUUCGCUGUCACCAAGAAGAGCUGAGGAAAGAGGAAGAAAGGGAAAUGGAGGAGUUGAAAAGGGAGGAGGUGGCGAUCAGUACUAAAAUGUCCCUUAGCAAGGAGAAGCUGAUGAGAGAGCAGAAAGAGGAGGCAGAGCAGUUGAGAAUAAAGAUGGAAAUGAGAAUGUCCCAGUGUCGGGAGGAUCUGAAGAGAGAGGAAGAGGAGCAGGCUGAGCGCUUGAAGGCUGAGACGGAGAAGAGAAUGCAACUCCGCCUGGAGGAGUUAAGCAAGGAGGAAAAAGAGAAGGCUGAGCAGUUGGAGUCGGAGAAGGCCACCAGAAUGCGUCUCCACCAAGAAAAGCUUCGAAGAGAGGAAGGCGAAGAGGUGGAGCAGUUGAAGCGGGAGGCGACUAAAUUAAAGUCUGACAUGGAUUCGAAAAUGCGCCUCUGCAGGGAGGGGCUGAAGAAAGAGGAAGAGAAGGCGGGAAAGGAGAUGAAGGCAGAAAAAGAGACGAGAGUUCGUCAACGACAGGAGAAGCUGAAGAGAGAGGAAGCUGCGGAGAUGAAGCAAAUGAAGACGGACAUGCAGAGCAGGAUACGUCUCUGCGAGGAGGAGCUGAAGAGAGAGGAAGAGGAGGAGGUGAAGCACUUGAAGGCCAAGAAGGAAACAAAAAUGAAUCUCCACCGGGAGGAGCUGAGAAGAGAGGCAGAGGAGGAGAUGGAGCAGUUCAAAAAGUCUAUAGAGAUGCGCAUGCAUCUCUGCCAGGAGGAGCUAAAGAGAGAGGAAGAAGGGGUGGAGAAGUUGAAGAAGGAGGAGAGGAAGAAAAAGAAAGAGAUUGAGCUGAGACUGCGUCUUCAGCACGAGGAGCUCACGAGAGAGGAAGAUGAGUUGGAGUGUUUAAAGACCACAAAGGAGACAAGAAUGAGUCUCCUCUUGGAAAAGCUGCGCACAGAGGAAGAGGAGGAGGCACAGCGUUUAAAGGGGGAGCUGGAGAAGAGAAUGCGCCUCCACCAGCAGGAGCUCAUGAGAGAGGAAGAAGAUGAGUUGGAGCGUUUAAAAACUGAAACGGAGGCAAGAAUGAGCCUCUGCCUGGAAGAGCUGCGCAGAGAGGAAGACGAGGAGGUGCAGCGUUUAAAAAGGGAGCACGAGAAGAGAAUGCGCCUCCACCAACAAGAGCUUAGAAAAGAGGAAGAAGCUGAGUUGGACCGUUUGAAGGAGGAGAGGGAGGUAAGAAUGCGGCUCCAUCAGGAGGAGCUGAGGAGAGAGGAAGAAGAGGCAGCAGAGCAGCUCAAGACUGAAAAGGAGAGGAGAUUGCUUCUCCGCCAGCAGGAGCUGAGGAGAGAGGAGGAGGAGGACGUGGUGGAACAAGAGUUCCAAAUGAAGGCAGGGAGGGAGAGAAGAAUCCUGCACCAGGAGGAGCUAAGAAGAGAAGAGGAGGAUGAGAUUGAGUGCUUGAAGAGGGAGAAGGAGAGAAGAAUAAGUAUUCGAAAGGAGGAGCUGAGGAGGGAGGAAGAAGAGGAAAUGGAGCGGUUAAAGCGGGAGAAAAUGAAGAAGAUGCGCGUCCGACAGGAAAAGCCGAGGAAAGAGAAAGAAGAAAGAGUGGAGAGGUUGCACAGCGAAAAAGAGACAAAACUGCGUCUCCGCCAGGAGAGGGAGAAGGACAAGAAGAGAACACAUGUCCGUCAAGAAGAAGUUAUCAAAGAGGAGGAGGCUGAUUCACUACCAAGGGAGAAGGAGAAACAGCCACGUCUCCACAGGGAGAAUCUGACCAAAGAAGAAGAGGCACAGCCGUUAAAAAAGGAAAAAGAGAAGCAUAUUCAUUUUUGCAAGGAGGAGCUGAGGAGAGAGGAUGCGGACAAUGAGCAGGUCAAGAGAGAGAAGGAGAGGAAAGCACAUCUUUGCCAGGAGAAGCCCCGCAAAGAGGAAAAUAUGGAGCGUCCAAAGAGGGAAAAAGAACCCAAAACACGUCUUCUUCAGGAGAAGCAACGGAGAGAGGAGGUGGUGGAUCAGUUGAAGCAAAGGAGAACGUGUUCCCGUCCGGGGAAACCGAUUUCAGAGAAAGGAGAGAUGGAGCCAUCAAACAUGGAAAAGGAGAAGAAAACACGAGUACUUCAGGGGGAGCAGGAGAGAGAGCAAGACUGUUUGAAGCCAGAGAAGGACAAGCACGGUCAUCUCUACCAGGAGAAAAUGAGCACAGACGAAGAGGAGCAAGCUGAGAGUUUGAAGAUGGAGAAAGAGGAGAGAACGUGUCUCGACCUGGAGGAAUUGAGGAGGGAUGAGGAGGUUGAGACCGAUCGAUUUAAGAGGGAAAAAGCGCGAAGAACACAUCAACUCCAGGAGGAGCUGAGGAGAGAAGAGGAGGAGGAGAUGCAGCGGUUGAAAAGGGAGAAGGAGACACGGACACGUCUCCUACAGGAGGAGCUUAGGAGGGAGGAAGUGGAGAAAGAACAGCUAUUAAAAAGGGAGAAAGAGAGGCGAAUACUACUCCGGCAGGAGCAGCUGAAGAGAGAGGAAGAGGAGGAGGUGGAGAGCUUGAAGAGGGAAAAGGAAAAGAGAAUGCGUCUUCGCCAGGAGGACCUGAGGAGAGAGGAAGAAGAGGACAGGUUGAACAGGGAGAAGGACAAGAGAACACGACUCCACCAGAUGGAGCUAUGUAGAGAAGAGGAAGAGGAACGGUUGAAGAGAGAGAAGGAGAAGAGAACCCGUCUUCGCUGUGAGGAGCUGAGCAAGGAGGAAGAGAAGGAGGCGGAUCGGUUGAAGAGGGAGAAGGAGAAGAGAAUGGUUCGACACCGAGAAGAUCUGAAGAAAGAGGAAGAGGCAGAAGCCGAGAAGUUAAAAAGGGAAAAAUCGAAAAGGAUGCAUCUAUUCCAGGAAGAGCUGAGGAGGGAGGAGGAGGAAGAGCGGCUGAGGAAGCAGAAGGAAAAGAGGUUACGCCUCUGUCUGGAAGAAUACAAGCGAGAGGAAGAGGAGGAGAUGGCGCGGCUGAAGUGGGAGAAGGAGAAGCGAAUGCGCCUCUGUCAGGAGAAGCUGAGAAGAGAGGAAGAGGAGGAGGUGGAGCAGUUGAAGAGGAGGAAAGAGAGGCGAAUGCAUCUCCGCCAGGAGGAGCUCAGGAGGGAGGAAGAGGAGGAGCUGGAACAGCUGAAGAAGAAGAAACUGUGCAUCUCCCAGUUGGAAGUAAGGGGCGACACAGAGGGAGAGCUGGACAAUAGCGAGAAAGAGAAGAGAGUGCGCCUCCAAGAAAUAGACAUGAGGGCAGAGGAGGAGGUGAAGAAACUGAAGACGGAGUACAAGGAAAGGCUGAGGGCUCUGCGGCUGCGUCUCCUGGCAAGGAGGAGAGAAGAGGAGGCUUUGUUAUCAGGCCAGAAGGAGGAAUUGUCACCAUCCAUCCAGGAAAGAGAAGAGGAGCAACUCAGAUUCCAAACUGUGGACAUAUCCGGUGAUAAGAGGAUGUCUGGCCACUCAAGGAGGCAGUACUUCGAGCAUCUGAAGGUGGAGUCAGGAGACGAGCUGCAAGAGGAGAAGAGCAAACAUCAAGAUGCCAGGGAAAACCUGUUUUUUUUCAAACAUGAGCUUGGAGAUAUGAAGAUUUCUGAUCUGACAGAUUCUUUCCUUUGCUGAACAGGUGACAUGAUGGCACAGAUGGCUGUCCCACGUUCAUGUCCAAAGUUCCUGCAUCAGAGCGUCUGUGCUUUGGACCAAAAGCUCAGAAGUGGGCCUGUCACGACGACAAAUUUUGCUGGACGAUAAUUGUCCUACAAAUUAUUGUCGAUAAUCGAUAUUAUUGACAACAUUUUUGAGACCAUUUUUUUUCAUGGAUUAUAUGGCAAAAUAAAGAGAGUACUUGCAUCAAAAGCAAUAAACUUUUAAUUUCUAAAAAAAAAAAAAAAACUCAAUGAAAAUUAAAUGGACUCUCAAUCUAUUUUAACAAAAAUUGCACUUAAAUAAAAAUUACAAUAAUAACCAAAACAAUAAAAAAAUAGUCCCUGUUUCUGUUAACAGUCCAAUAAAAACCACACACACACACACAGUUAUGUAGCGUAUUGUUAA